AUGGACCGUCCACGUCGGUCGGCACGUCAGUCGACAUCAGGCCAGCAGUCGCCAGCGCCGACAGGCUCGACGACCUCAUCCGCAAAUCCCGCGUCGUCAUCCUAUGUUCCAUCCAACAUCGUACCACCCGCCGCCAUGGCCAACGGCGUCCCGAACACCCCGCGCUACGAAGCACAAGCCUAUGCUUCGCCUGCCCCAUAUCCACAACAAUCUGCUCAGCGCCCGACAUUCCAGCAAACGCCAUCUGCCUCAGGAAGUAGCUUGUUGCAAGCCGGCUCGGCGCUGCUCUCGCAGCAACAACAGCGAAUGCAGCCUUCGCAGACCUCCUUCGCCGCACCAUCCGCGAUGCCGUCUGAACCGCAACGGGUCAGUCAGAUGGCCCUGCAAGCGCUCCCUCCCGUCCACUUCAUGGGUCGAGGAACUGCGCCGCUUGCACCCGGCACGCCCUCCGCUCCCCUCCGCUCCUCCGGCACCGCAGCUUCAGGCCCCACCAUGCCACAAGCCAUGUACAGCUCCUUCCCCGCACGCAUGAAGGCGGGCACCACCAACCUGCUCCAGUCUAUCCCGUCCUCCGAAUGGUACGAUGGCACAGGCAAACCGCUCGAUCCAUUCCUCGCUUCCGCGCACGACACCUCUUCCUCGACGCCCUACCGUUCCUCCCGUGCCAGCGGACGAAGCCGUCGUGCCGCAGCCGGGUUCAUCCGCUACGCCGAAGCCGGUUCCUCCGACGACGAGUUCGAAGAGGACCUUCCCACGACCGACUCGUCCUCUCUCAAACGACCUCUCGACGACGACGGUGAAGAAGAGAACCCUCGCGCCCACCUCGGCUUGCCCGCACCCGCAUCGAAAAUGGUCUCGAAACGCGUCUUCCACCGCACCAACCACGUUUACCACGCUGACGACGAACUCGCCCGCCAAGCAGGACGCAACGAAGUCCUCGUCCCCAUCAAGAUCGAUCUCGAAGCCGAACAGUAUCGCAUCAAAGACACCUUCACGUGGAACAUGAACGAACGAUUGAUCUCGCCGUACCAUUUCGCCAAACUGUUGUUGGAAGAUCUGGAUCUGCCGGUGGAGCCGUAUGCGACGCAGAUCAUGCACAUGAUCAACCAGCAGAUUGACGAUGCGACGGGGGUGGCGGAUAUCGAGAUGGAGCCGGCGGCGGGGGGAGUGUGGUCUUCUGCGCGACUUGAGGCUCGAGAAGGCGAGAACGCACUGUCCGAAUCGGAGCGAAGGCAGUACGAUGUGGACGAGGAGGCAACAAAGGAAGCGCGCGCGUGGAAUUGGGGUCUCGACCGCGCGGAUGAUGAGCAGAGGCAGUGGCGAAAACGCAUGGCCAAACGGUUGGAAGCAGGCGAGGGACUGGGCGAGUUCGAAGACGAUCUCCGCGUCAUUGUGGAUUACGAGGUGCAGAUCCUGCGUCACAUGCUGCGCGAUCGACUCGAGUGGGAUCUCUGUUCGCCCCUGACGCCGGAAUCGUUCGCAAGGAAGCUGUGCGACGAUCUGGCCUUGUCGGGUGAGGCCCAGGCGUUGAUCGCCAACAGCGUACGGGAGCAGCUGAUUCAUCAUAAGCGCGCCGCGUUGGAGCUGCAGCUCGUGGGCAGCGGCAGGGUGUUGAAGGACAAGGAGAGGGAGAUCGAGACGGCCUGGGCGGAAUUGCAUGCGGAGAAGCUCGAGAAGCAGAGGAAAAAGUUGGAGCGCGGCGAGACGUCCGAGUUGCCAUCCGGGAAUGGGACUGGGGUCAAUACGAGGGAGGCCUCGGUGCAGCCUGCUACGGAGGAGGAGACCAAGCCAGAUGCAGACGCUGCUCCAGGUACGGGCGGGACCACCCCCGCCCCUCGCGAAGAUGAGGACGAAGAAGACGUGGAAACUCUCCACCUCACCGCCACGGCCACAGCCGCCCCUACACGCGAAGGAACCUCCACGCCCGCCAUCCAACCCCCCGCCCCGCUGGCCACGCGCUCCUCCGCCCGUCUCAUCGAAGCCGCCACCGCCGAUCCCGCGCAACCGGCGCAACCGACACUCACCCCGUCCCAGCGUUUGCACAAUGCGACGUAUACGGUGCGCGAGAUCCUCUCGCGUGGACCUCGACCGCUCGACAGCAUCUGGCGCGACUGGUUCGAAUCGCGCGAAUUCGGCCCUCUGCUCGAAAGACUCAACGACGAGGAUCUGGAGAAGAUCGAGGAGCUGAAUACCAGGGCGAGCAGGAGGAAUCGCAGGGACGCCGCUGCUCGAGCUGGUGGUAGGAGACGUCGUUAA